AUGAAGCUCGCCGCCACCCUCUUCGUCGUCGCCGCUGCUGGCAAAAACAAGGACCCCGUCAGGCGAAUCAACAAGCUCCGAGGACACGCCGAAACCCUCCUUGACUUGGCCGACAACAACACCACCACCUCCGACAAGAACGUCGCCCGAGCCCAGAAGUGGGUCGACAAGGUCUUCGCCGAUGUCGCCAAGAUCGACACUACCUUCCCUUGCCCCUCUGCCGAAGAAUCCGACGAAGUCCUCGUCUUUGAUCAGGACAACUUCUGCAAGCUCAACAGCCAGCUCGGAUCUGCCCUCCGAUCCUUCGUCCGAACCUACGGCUGCGACGGCUCCUUCCCCAAGAAGAACUUCGCCAACGUUUUCGCCAAGCGAACCAACCGAAUGAAGAACAUCUUCUCCCGAAUCGCCGACUGCUAA